AGGUGUGAAUGAAGAGAAAAAUGGCAGAAAGGAGGAAAGAAGGAAAAAAUGAUGGGAAGAAGGAGAGAAGAGAAUCUGGGUGGCCAUCAAUCAAACUCAAAUUAAACCUUGAGGUCAAUCGCCUCAAAGAUAACGAUCUCAUUACCGUUGAGAAUUUCCUUACUCCAGCUGAAUCAAAGGCUUUUGUCAAAACUGCAGAGUCAAUUGGGUUUGUUCACCAAGGAAGUCGUGGUCCUGCAUAUGGCGAAGCUUAUAGAGACAAUGAUCGUGUAUCUAUGCAUGAUCCUGAUCUUGCAGAUGCAAUGUGGAGAGCUGGACUGAACAAAUUAUUUUCUGACAUCAAAAUUCGAGGCAAAGUUGCUGUUGGAUUGAACCCCAAUAUUAGAUUUUACAGGUACAAGGCUGGUCAGAGAUUUGGACGGCAUAUUGAUGAAAGUGUUGCCAUUGGAGAAGGGAAGCGCACACACUACACUUUGUUAAUAUAUUUAAGUGGUGGUCCCAAAUCCAAAACCAAAGUUGAUAAAGAUUCUCAGGAUUCAUUGUCUGAGAGCCUUGUUGGAGGGGAAACUGUCUUUUACGGUCCAAGAAACGCUUUGGUUGCCGAGGUACCUCCGACCGAAGGAAUGGCUCUUGUUCACAUUCACGGGGAUAAAUGUAUGUUGCAUGAAGCUCGGAAUGUCACUAAGGGUAUCAAAUAUAUAUUACGAUCUGAUGUUGUAUUUGCUUGAACAAAUGCUAAGCCUAAAUGAAUCAUAUUUGAUUUCUAAACUCCGUUGAGUUAAUGAGCACAAAAUCUCUUCAACUUGUUGUAAUUCCUCUACUUCUAUUUCUAACUUCAUUUUAUGUCAAACUACUGCUGUAUUCUGCCAUAAAUCUUUUUGCUUCGGGCGUUGCCCUGUAAAGAAUUUCAGUUAUACUUCUGUAUCACACUGGAAAAAGCACUUGGAUUAAA